CCCCCCCCCCCUUCUCCGUCCUCUCAGCUCGAACGACAGGUCGAAGAUCACGCUCAGGCAUGCCUUACUAUCUCAACCCUUUCGCAAAGCAUGAUGUGUCGCACUUCCCUGGCGUCCUAAUGACUCUGGAGGAAGCUCAGGCUUAUCAUGCCUCGGGUGAGAGGCCAGAGUCGGAUAUCAAAGACUCAAAGGCCACAGAAGCCGGGAUGGAAAGCAUCGGGGACUAUGUCCCGUACUCUAUUGAGGGACUAAGAGCUGAAAUCGAUAAUGACAUUUCGACUACUGGGUACGACACCUCCUACGAUCGCAAAUCCAAGCUUAUUAACAAGGCUAUACAAGACAUCGGCAUGGGACGCUAUCAGUACGAAUUAUUCUGCCUCUGCGGCUUCGGAUGGGCAGCAGACAACCUUUGGCUCCAGGGUGUUGCAUUGUGCUUGCCGCAGUUGAGCGCGGAUUUCGGGAUCAACAGCAACACAGUCCGAUAUACGACUUGCGCGUUAUUCGUCGGUCUAUGCAUUGGGGCUAGUUUCUGGGGCAUUGCAUCGGACAUUGUCGGACGGCGCCUGGCCUUCAACUUCACGCUAUUUAUCGCAGGCGUCUUCGGUGUGGCUGCCGGCGCGGCGCCUGACUGGAUCGCAGCAUGCGGCCUCUUCUCGGCGAUGGGCUUUGGCGUAGGAGGGAACUUACCCGUGGACGGAGCAUUAUUCCUUGAAUUCUUGCCCUUCGCCUCCGCGAACCUCCUAAUGCUUCUUUCCGUAUGGUGGCCAGUUGGCCAAUUGGUAGCUUCAUUAGUUGCCUGGGGAUUCAUUCCUAAUUACCCAACUAAUGAGGGCUGGCGAUAUUUCGUAUACACUAUGGGAGCACUGACGCUUGCUAUGUUCAUUUGCCGGUUCUUCUUCUUCCACCUGUUCGAGUCGCCCAAAUUCCUUUUGGCCCGAGGAAGACAGGCUGAGGCAGUGGCCGUAAUUCACGGGCUCGCGUACAAGAAUAAGACAAAGACUUGGCUAACUGAGGAGAUCCUCAAUGAAAUUUGCGGUACCCCGGAUAACGCACAACAGGAGACUCGACUCUCGAACACUGAAAUUUUUCGAAGGUUUUUUGCUCGAUUUUCGAAAGACAGGAUUUCCCCUCUCUUCUCCAACUGGCGCGUUGGCGUGACAACUGCUUUGAUCUGGGUCUGCUGGGCGACGAUCGGUAUGGGGUACCCUCUCUUCAACUCCUUCCUCCCCCAGUACUUCGCACGCGUCGGCAAGACCGGCCAGACGCAGACAACAUACGAGGUCUACCGCAACUACGCCAUCGAGUCCGUCGUCGGCGUGCCCGGCUCCGUCAUCGGCGCGUACACCGUCGACAUCCCGUACGUCGGGCGCAAGGGCACCAUGGCGCUCUCGACGCUCAUCAGCGCGAUCUUCCUCUUCCUCUUCACCAUCUCCGCCGACGCAAAGUACCAGCUCGCGUUCUCGUGCGUCGAGUCCUUCUUCCAGAACAUCAUGUACGGCGUGCUCUACGCGUACACCCCGGAGGUCUUCCCCGCGCCCAACCGCGGCACCGGCACGGGCAUCGCGUCGUUCCUCAACCGCAUCACCGGUCUCUGCGCGCCCCUCGUCGCUAUCAACGCGGGCAAGGCGAACCCGAACGGUCCGGUGUACGCGUCGGGCUCGCUCAUUCUGGCUGCGUUCGUGGCCAUGUGCCUACUGCCCAUCGAGACUAGGGGAAAGAUGAGCCUCUAG